UUUAAGUAAUUCUCAUAUAUAUUUCAUCGAAAUUAACUGUAUAUUACAAUGUUUUAAAACACUUUGGGCUAUUAUCUAUUUUAAACCGUCAUAAUAAAUUCGCUUUUGAAAAUGUCUAUGCGAACGGAGUCAGAACAUCAUUUAUCCUAUCAGGCACAUCUUAGGCGAAUUAAAAAUGCACAUAGCAUUGUGAAAACUAAUCCACCGAUUAGAAAGAAACUCGAGAAAAAACUUACCUAUUUUGAAUUACUUGAGAAAAUGAGUGGUAACGUACAACGUAAAACAACAUCGCGAACAUUUUCAAGAACUCCAGAAGUUAUGCUCAAUCAGCGUAAAAGCGUACCAGUUCAAGGUAAUAUCAAGAAUAAUGAAACUCAUAAAAUCAAAAGUGAUAUCCUAGCGACUAGGAAGCGUUCAGUCUAUGAUGUACCAGCUCAUAUCUAUAGCCGAUAUGAUUAUUUGGCGGACUCAUGUGACAAACAUCAAAUGCGUCAACUUUUACGCCCGAGAAUAUUUUUGGAUUUGGAAGUAAAGGGUAUACGUUCAUUGGGUCGAUUGGUUAUACAAUUAUUUACAGAAGCUUGUCCAGAGGUAGUAUUGGAUUUUGUGCGUGUAUGUACCAAACAUGAUGUAAAUAAAUUUAAACCAUUUCGAUUCUUUGCACCUUUAUGGUGUGAAUCUGAAUUACAACUUGAUAAUAACUCUCUUACAUCCCCAAAUGCCGAGCACGAUAUGAAUGUUCUGGAUCAAGGUAUGGGUGCUGGAGUAUUAUCUUUUCCAAUACGAUAUAUACGUGGUUGUGCACAUCGUUCUCUGAAUUUCUCUAUUAGUUUUAAACCUAUUAAAUCGUUAAAUGGCAAACGGAUUGCCUUCGGAAAAGUGCGACGUGGUAAUUAUGUGUUACAAACGUUGCAGGACUAUUGUAAUAGCAAUUAUUGUCUCAAACAUGAUAUUAUUGUUACUAAGUGCGGCUUGGUUAAAUAAUAUAGUGUUAUUUUAACAAUUUUGGUACAAAAAAAAAACUAAGUUAUG